CCAAUUGGAAUCGCACGUGGUUCAUCAUUCACUGUACGUCCGGCUGUGUUAGGGUGAGCAUCGUGCAAGCAGGGUCCUCCGCCGUUGAAACUUGCUUGGAGCCCCGCCGGUAUGCGCCCUUGAUCCACGCUGGGGACACACCCAUUUUGCUAUCGCCAUGCUUGUUCUACCGCGCCUCCCCGUCAUUCUCCUGGCCAUCCUAGGCGCUCUGGUCCGGUGCUCGACCGCUCGCUUCGGCGAGGAGAUCGAUGAUAAAGUGACCGACACCCGCUUCAAGAACAUGGGGCAGGCCUACAUCUCGCAAUUCGAAAUUGACGACAGCAAUACCAAAUUUCAAGUCGUUUUGGAGGACACACUGAAUGAGCCCGAGUACUGGGUGGUCGACUUUCAGAAGUACGGCGUGGACGGCCUGACAGCGGUCGACCCUAAAACCGGCAACAUUCAACCUGAAAACACCGGCGAAUGUUCCAGCGUCAUCUUCAGUGAUGCCACGUACCAGGACAGCGGCAACACUGGAUACUAUUUCACGGACGAGGGAAACUUCGUGACCCGAAAUGUCAGCCUACUCACCAACGAGACGACUGGUGUUGGACCGAACAAACGCCUCUUUACCAGCUACGUGCGCGGUAGUAACUUCACCGAGCCCGAUAGCGACGGCAACGACAUACAAAGACGGGACUAUACCUUGUCCUUCAAUGACGACUUUGGUCACUUCUUCAACUGCACUAACAGCAACGGACUGAACAUCUGGCAGUUCUCCAAUACGACCGACACGAUCGAGUUCCAGACCACAAUUUACUUCACAAAUGUCAGGCCGGUCGACCGCACCGAUGGCACGAAGGGUAUGUCGUGGGUGACUUCCAGCGUAAAACUGUACUACCGCCUGAGCCGAGUGGCCAUCGUCAAUUUUAUCGUCAGCUCCAUUGCCUUGGUGAAACCUGUACUGGAUUUCGUCAUCAUUGACCUGUAUUUCCCGACCGCCACACCGACUGUUCCCGAUCAGGAGAAAGCUUCCAUCGAGUUGCAGUUCCAGACCACCAUUGAGUCGGCCAAUGGUGAGUUACUGUCCCUGUUGAACAGCACGUCCUUCAAGUACCUGCCCAAGAACAACACAGCCAAGAGCUUCAUUAAUUUCGACUUGGGCUACGAUUUUCCCAACGGUACCCAACAGUGCCAAUACACGGGAACUGCAAGAUGUCGACAAAUUUGGAAUUUCAACUUUGUUCUCGAUCUUGACGUGACGGUCACUGACGACGACAUGCCCAUUGACGCCACAGGUACGUUUCAGUUCACGUUCGCCAAGUACCAGUGCAACGAUCCCACGGAAAAGAACCCUGUCGACUGCACACCAAUGAAUGUGGAUCCCUUGACAAUCUCCCUGGAGGUCACAAUACAGACCGUGGUACAAGUCGUGGAUAGCACCAAAGACAGACCGGUCAUCCAGCUUAUCUCUCUCACGGGCGCCAACGGGGAGGAUCUGCGCCAGGGCGGGGACAGGCGUGGAGUCAACCACUUGGAGACUGUCAGCAUCGUAGUCCAGUACAUUCCCGAAUUCCUCCGGCGAGACUUCGAUCUCGAGCUGACUCUCUUUAUGGUGUGCAAGACUGCCGUACCAGAAUCCAGUAGUUAUAAUGAAAUCGUGGGAUGUCUGCAAGUGUCGCAAGCUCAGCGCUACGUCGCCUAUCUCAGCUCCGACUUCUAUUACGCUGUCGAGGGAACUGACGCAGAGGGGCAACCCAAGACCUUCACCUGGGGCCCAAGUGACCUGGCUGGGGACAACAAGGUUCAGACCCUAUCCACGAACUCCUACGACUCGGCCAAUGCGGUGUACAACAUGGGUUUCCUCAACACGGCGUUGUCGCAGCAGCGGCUGACCUACACCAUCACCACCGUGUUUCGCCUGGUCCAGAAGCAAGUUGUGGGCAGGCGGAGGCGAGGCAUCGCCGCUCCGGCCCAGGAGAUGGUAACCGUUGUCCUCGGCGGUGAUCGUGCGGACCAGAUGGCUCGGGCACUGGUGCCCUACGGUCUGCCCAGAUCCCGGACAAGACGUGAUAUUAUGGACGCUGUUGCCAAGCCGCAAGCACACAUCUACUCUGUCCUCUUCAACGGCUGCCCCGAGAACUCCACGUACAACGAGGACAUCUACCACUGCGUGUGCGACAAGCCAAACGAGGACUACGACUCAGAAACCUACACGUGUCUGGCGCCCAAGUCCCUCACCGGAGACAUCCCGUUAGUGAAUGUCGGUGACGUCCAGGAACCAGGCUUGUCCUCUUCCCCUGCAAGUGCCGCCCUCACGUCCGCCAUGUUUUACGUUGUCAUGGCGAUGUGGCUCCCAGGAUAUAUGGGCUGACUGUAAAAACAUGAUUGUGGUUUCCACUCAAAUUAUUAAACGUUUUGUUGGUUGGUUUCCCUUUUUUCGAAAAAGUUAAUGCACAAGUUAUAAAUUAUGUUUAAUUGAAUUCACAGAGCACUUUUGAAAUGGCUAUUGCUGUCCGCUUUUUAUGCUUAAAAUCAAAUGUAAUCGUUCCUGUCAUAUGUUAAAUUUAAAGACCCAUGCAGUAAGCGUUCCUCCAAGGAUUAUUUAUUUACGAUUAUCAUCUUUGCCAGUUUAUGUUUAAAUAUAAAAAAUACCCCGGAUAUACUCAAAUGUGAAAACCAAAAUAGUCGCCAUUUUGAAUUUUCACAUAAGAGGCCCGGAAGUUUCAAAGUUACAAUAUAUUUUGAAAUUUAAAAAAAUAGUUUUUUUUUAUUUCGACAGUCUUAAAAGGUUGAAGACGAAACAGUUUAUUCAUUUUUGCGAGGUUUUAUUUGAAGUUACUUUUGGACAUUAUUGGUUCGAUAAAAAAAGUACAAUACAUUUUAUUUUAUAUCCACUUUCAUUAUUUCGACUUAUGCAAUAAGUUUGAACUUAUUUAUUUAUUCAUUUCCCUUUGAUUCGUUUCUUUUGAGGAAUGCAAUAAGGGCAAUAUUUGUGAAUUAGGUGUUAUGCAUUUUCAAGGCAAACUUACAUUUUAACAAAGUCGGGCCCGCAAGGCUUAAAUGUGUACGUUUACUGUCUUGAGUAAUUAAAUGAAUAUAUAUUUUUGGCUAAA